AUCAACUACAGCAGCGUUAUGGCUCCUCGMGGUAGAAAGACAAAAGUAAAAACCGCACAAGAAAACACAGAGUUAUUUGAAAAAAAUCGUUUUAUCAUUCUACCUAAUGCUUUAACAAAAGAAAAAAAUAAUGAUCAACAAUUUAUAAAACUGCGUCAUCCACAAACUAACGAAUUGGCUUUAUUUGUGUAUUCAAAAAAUGAAAAAACUUUAGCACAGAUGCGUUCCUUACCGUUCAGUCACAGAUCAUUUUUCAAAGGCAAUGAUGUCAUUCCUAUUGAUAGGAUUGAUUUUGUAACGUUAGUUGAUCCUUUGUUUCUUUUUCUACCGUAUUUUGUCAAAGUAAGUAUAAUACUAUAACUUAAACAAAUAUUCUCCAUUAAAGCUGUUUUAUUAUU